UUCCCUUUGUGACACCCUAUGUGGGACACUGGAAAAUUUACUGCAUCGCAUAAAAAACAGUAUCAUUGCUGUUUAAUCGUUGUUUUGUGCUAUUUUACGACAAAUUCUAAUUUAUUUGUGCAAAUUAAAUAGACGGAAUUAAAAGUAAUAAAACUGUGUAAUAUACUGUGCAUGCUAGUGAUGAAUUAGUGAGUAAUUCAAGUGCAAAAUAGGAGAGCAAAUACAUAACCUCAAAAAUGUCUAAAAAGUAUGGACUAAUUUUACCCUCGAAGGCUGAGAAGAAGGGCCCUGUGGCCAAUUUUUCGAAGCCAUCAGUGUUUGGAAGUGACUCAGAUUCAGACGAUGACAAACGUCCGGGAAAAACAGGUCUCUUGGGUCCAGGAGACAGUCAAAAGCGUCAGGCAAGGUUAAUGCAGGAGAAAGCCCUUCAGGAAGAUCCUACAGUAUUUCAGUAUGAUGAAUUAUACGAUGAGAUUGAGAGUAAGAGGCAGGAAGCGAAGAAGUCCAAGAGUACGGAAGAAAAAAAGCCCAAGUACAUCAAGAAAUUGCUGGAAACAGCAGAAAAGCGGAAAAAGGAAUAUGAGAGGCGCAUAGAACGCCAAGUGCAGAAAGAGAGAGAGGAAGAAGGUGAAAAAUACAAGGAUAAAGAAUCCUUUGUGACAUCAGCGUACAAGAAAAAGCUGGAAGAAAUGCAAAAGGCCGAAGAGGAGGAAAAGAGGGAGGCUUAUCUGGAAUCUAUUGGUGAUGUGACAAAACAAAAGGACCUAGAUGGCUUCUACAGGCAUAUCUAUGAGCAGAAAAUGGGAAAAGAGUCGCCGAAAAAUGAGAGAGAUGAGGAAGAAGUUGAGAAAGAAAGCGGAAUUAAGACUCCGGAAAAGGGUACUAAAAAAGAGAGGAGCUACAGGAAAAGAAAGGCUUCAGCAGAGGAAGCUGAAGCAGAAACUGAGGAACCUGCUGUGGUUAAAAAAGCUCAUCUGCAGUCGAAUAUUGAUGCAGAUUCGGACUUUAGCAUUGACUCUUCAUCUGAAUCUGACGAUGAAGAUGACAAGGAAGAAAAGCCCGGAGAAGGCGGAAGCAAGGCUGAAUUACCACAGCAACCAGAUAAAGAUACUCAUGAAAUUGCCAGAGUUGAAGAAAAACCUGAGUCUGGGCAGAAAGAUGACAUGAAGGUUCCAGAAGGGCAGAAAGGAGAGGAGCGGAAAAGCGAAGCAAAGGAGCCCAAGAAACCCAUUCCUCCAAAGGAAAAGAAGCCAAAGAUCAACAUCUGGGCCAAGAGGACAGUCGGAGAGGUUUUUGAAGCUGCUGUUCAAAGAUAUUAUGAACGAAAAGCAGCCCGAUCCGGAGGAUAAACAAAUUUCCAGUCAUUUGUGAGGUUAUGUUGCCAAUAAAAAAAACUAAACUCACCUGAGAAGACUCUCGCCUGAUUAAAA